UUUUUUUGAGAAGUUUCUUUUUUAGAAUAUUCUACUCUCUUUUUGCGAUUUAGUUUAUUCGCCUGCCAAUUUAAAGGAAUUUUUACCUGUUUUUAUUCCUUCUGUAUAGAUUUUCAAUUUUGGUUUGUCACGUUGUCUUAGAUCGAAAAAUCAAAAUCUGACAUAAACAACAAACAUGGCAAACGCUCCAGAUAUUAACGCCAUUUUGGAUGAUUUUCCGACCGACUUACCUCAAAAUCAUCCUAAUCAUCCACCUCCGGGUUAUGAACAAUCAGCUGGUUACCCCGCUCAACCUCCGCCAGGUUAUCAUGGAGGAGGAUACCCAACUGGUCCCCAACCAGCAGCAGGAUACCCAGGUGGCUACCCAUCCCAACCAGGAGGAUAUACUCCGACUCAGCCAGGUGGUUACCCUCCUCAACCAGGUGGCUACCCCCCUACCCAGCCUGGAGUCUAUCCCCCCUCUCAACCUGGGGGCUAUCCUCCCACCCAUCCGGGUGGCUACCCUCCAACUCAACCGGGAUAUCCUACACAGCCUGGUUAUCCAAGUCAACAACCAGGUGGUUAUCCAGUUCAGCCAGGAAUGCCGGGAUUUUCAGGACCUGGGGGGUUUGACCCAAGGACUGUGACCCCCUUGAAGCCUGUUAAUGAUGAUGGGGGUGAUGGAAUUUUAAUCAGAGGGGAUGAGGAACAGGGCGGCCUGGAUAUGGGGUCUUCUUUUUCCAAUGAAUCUGUUAGGAAGGCAUUUGUGAAAAAGGUGUAUUUGAUCCUGACGUUGCAGCUGUUGGUCACGUUUGGAUUUGUUUUGCUCUGUCUCUACGGUGUGUUUGUGGUGACUUAUUUUACACUGGCUUGUCCGUGCUGUUCAGCUAUCCGCAAAAAGUGGCCCUGGAAUUUUUUGUGUUUGUCCCUUCUGACUCUGGCAAUGUCUUACAUGACGGGAAUGUUAAGCGCGUUCUACUCUAUGAGAGUUGUUCUCAUUGCCCUGGGCAUUGCAGCUGUCGUCUGCUUCGCUAUCUCCAUCUUUGCCAUGCAGACUAAAAUUGAUUUUACAUUGUGUCGCGGUUUCCUGUUUGUAUUCUCGGUCGUAUUCAUGCUCUUUGGUAUCGGUUGCAUCAUUUACUACACCGUCACCAAGCAGCCCAAUGAUAUUCUACAGCUGGUGUACGCUUCAAUUGGAGCCCUGAUGUUUACAUUGUUCUUACUGGUAGACACGCAGAUGAUUAUAGGCGGUGCGCACCGAAAAUACGAAAUAAGCCCUGAGGAAUACAUAUUCGGGGCCCUGCAGCUGUAUCUUGAUAUAGUUCAACUCUUUAUCAUGAUACUUCAAAUUGUUGGAUCGAAAAAGGCGCUGGGUAAUUGAUUGAUCGGGUUAAUUGGUUGGUUAGUUGGUUGGUUGGUUGGUUGGAUGGUUGGAUUGAUUGAUUGAUGAAUGGAAGAGUGAGUGGAUCGGUGGAUGGGUUUGGUUUAAUUAAUGUUCGGCUGGCUGGUUCGUUUUAAGAUUGAUUGAUUGAUUGAUUGAUUGAUUGAUUGAUUGAUUGAUUGAUUGAUUGAUUGAUUGAUUGAUUGGUCCAUUCAUUGUGUUAGUCGAUGUAUAUAACAAUGAUGUAAUGGCAAUUGGUAAUACCGAUGUAUGUAUAUAUUUACAUGUUUAUACGUGCAUAUAUUUGCUUC